GUGGUACCUUGUUGAUAAGAAGUGGUCCGCCACUAUUACGUUCUAUUUAAAUUGUUAAGAUUUUUCUUUAGCGUUUAUGAAAUUAUGUGUACCGUUCCUACUUUUGUAAAUGUGAGCAAAGAAGAAUUCAUAGCAAAUAUAUACCCCAAGAGAUUCCCUGCAGUGUUGCGAGGAGUUGACAUAGGCGACUGUGUGCAUAAAUGGAAUAAAGAAUACAUUUCAGAGAAAGUCGGCAACACUAAUGUAAAAGUUCACGUUAGCGCCUCUUCGCAACUAGACUUUCUUAAGAAAAAUUUCACGUACGAAACCAUUCAGUUCGGAGAGUUUUUAGAUCGAGCCUCAAGAGUUGGAGUUGAACCAAAGGAGUAUUACUACCUCAGAUCUAUCGGUAGUGAUCGGAGGGGGAGAGAGAUUGCAGAUAUUCAGAAACAGUUUCCAGAGAUUGCUGGUGACAUCAAUAUUCCGCAGUAUUUUUCUAACGAUCGCUUUUUUUCCAGCGUGUUUCGUGUGGGAUCACCUGGGGUACAGUUGUGGACCCAUUAUGAUGUGAUGGACAACAUUCUGAUCCAGGUCAAAGGUCGUAAGAGGAUGGUGCUUUUUAGGCCUAGUGACGCCUUAAACAUGUACCUGGUAGGAGACAAGUCAGAAGUUUUGGACAUUGACAAUCCAGACGUGGAAAAGUUUCCCAAAUUCAAACUUGCUGAAAGGCAUGAAUGUUUCUUGGAGGCGGGCGAUAUAAUGUUUAUCCCUGCAUUGUGGUUUCACAAUGCUCUUGCCCUUGAUUUUGGAAUAGCAGUUAAUGUAUUUUGGAGACAUUUGGAAGUUGACAUGUAUGAUAAAAAUGAUCCUUAUGGAAAUAAGGACAUCGUGCCUGCUGCUAGAGCGCUGCAGAUGGUGGGAAACGCCUUGAAGGCGCUCCAACCAUUGCCUGGUGAAUACAGAGAUUUCUACACCCGGAGACUUAUCAGCUCGCUACAGUCGAGUCUCCAGCGGGAUUGAAAAAUUUGUUUAUAAAUAAUUAUGUACAUAUGGAUGAAAAUAUCCUGUGUUUUAACCACAGGUAUUUAUUAUUUUGUCUGAGGCGAACUUGUAAAAAGAGUACUAGUGUUGUCAAAUAAAUUUUAUUUAUUUUAA